UGCAAGCCGAGUGACAUCACUCUACGGCGAUUGGUACCGCUUCAUUUCAUUUCUUCCCGCCUGGUCGAGAGGACGCGAUGACACGGCGCGAGACACGACAGUGGGACGCGACAAUGGGCGAGCGAGAAAACAGGCAUGAGUGGCCUAUGGACUGCCAUGACUUGCUUGAAGCGGAUCGUGCUAGCUGGCCACAUCUUCCUAGUGGAGACGAGAGAUCCCCGCUGGCUGCUCUCCUCUGCUGCCUGGCUUGACCAUCGGCCACUGAGCACGAGCCAAGGCGGGGGGGAAGAAGCGCGGGCUGGGCCGAGCGCGUGCCUCCACGGUAGACUAGAAUGGGUUUCAGGCAGGAGGCACUGCAGCAGAGUCAUCGCUUACGCAUUGAUCAGACGAGAUACACCUCGCCCCGGGGUCUUCGCCCUGCCCUUCGCGCUGCCUGGCCCAGUCGCCUAUUGCUGCCAGAGCUCGCCCUCUUCUUCUUCUCACCUCUACUGCACUCCACUCCACUGCCCCUGCUUCUGUCUCUGCUUCUUCUCGCAGCACCCAAACAUCUAGACACUACACGCGUACCCUGCAGUCCUCAUCCACACUCUUUGCUUCCCUUCUCCUUCUUUCUCUCUUUCAUCCUCUCUCGCAUCUUCCUUCUCCCCCUCACACACAAUGGCAAGCGAAGCAACCACCACGGGCGGAGGACCCGCUUCAAAGGAGCAGCCUCAACGUCAGGCUGCUCAAAAGGCUGAGAAGAAUGUGACCGAGGAGCUCCUUGGAGAGGACGAAGAUGAUGAAG